AUGAACAGAGACGGCGUGAGGGAUGGCAUCUACGUCAACUUCUUCGGCUUUGAAGGGAAGGCCGCAAUGCUGGCGUGCGACAUGUACGGCAUUCUUCCGGAAAACCUUCUCUACUUGUCCAAAUAUAUGUUUCUCCAGACGGGGGAUGAGAGUGAGCAGGUUCUUUUGGUGCGGUACACCAUGUGCGAACGUAGUCGCCAAGGCACCUUUCGCACCUUGCUUGGCGCCAAAUCGAAGCUGAUCGCGGAGGGUCACGUGGAGGCGCUGUGGAAGGAACGGUGCCGCACCUUGGCGGACGCGGCGCCGUGCCCGCGCUUUACCAAAAAGCAACUGGAAGAGGCCGCCACUGCACUUGACACAGACAGUGAAAGUGAUGAGGAACGACAGGUCGACGAGCGCGGCAUGCGAAAGCCGCCACCACCGCGGCCGCCUGCGUCACCAUUCGCUUCGGACGACCCGGGCGGCGAGGCAGCUGCAGAGGCCGCCGCCACGGAGAACGACGAAUCACCCACGAUAGUGACGGACACGCCGUUCGGCACGGCGCCAGACUCGGAACUGCCGCCGCCGCCGCCCACGCAAGCCUCCUCUGACGUGGGCGGCGACACACGCAGGGGCUCGGGCACCACAGCUACAAACGACAAUGCCGCGCUCUCUGUGGACGCGAAACGUAUGACGCAGGAGCUGCAGAACGACUGGAAGCAAUACGACCUUGUCAAGUCGCUAGAACUGCCUCGGACACACAAGCUCCGCCCCCAGCCGCCGAGUAUCCCGCAAGCGUACUUCCCGCGCUUGCUCGAGACGCUGAACAUGGAAGAGAAAGAACUUGCCGCCGUGCAAAAGAAGCUUUCGCGUUAUAGCAAGAAGGCAGCGAGGCAACUACGUGCGAGGCAACAGGAGCGAUCGAGUGGACCCUCUGCCCCAGGACGCAGCACCUCCCUCCCCCCUCUGUCCUCCUCCCCUUCGCAUAACCCCACCGCCACCCACCUACUCCAGUCUGUGAAGCUGCGAAAUCGUCGAGAGCUGGCAGUCGUACAUCGAGUGGUGCAAGUGCAGCUGCGCGGUUUGAGCGAGCGCUACGAGCAAGGACGCAGCAUCGACGAGAAAAUGGAGGGGGUGCCGACUCUUGGUACACUGGAGCACAUGCUCAAGUAUCAAAAGUCCAUUGGCAUAGCUCCCGAGUUUGAGGACCGCGUUCAGGCCAAGAUGGAGCGCGAGGAAUCGCGCGCGGCGCUCCAACAGCAGCUACGGGCGUCGGAGUGGGAACGGGCCUACGCGAUCGACGAAAAGGCGCAACACGCGAAAGAGGUGCUGGAGCGGGAGCGCGAGAGGACGAAGGGCAUCGCUGCUGAGGCGCACCGCACGCAGCGACUAAUCACAGAGUGGAAGCAUGUGGCGGCCCAUCGGCAGCACGAAACGCACUUGAACAGUGUCCUCCACCGAAGCGCCGUACGGCAUGCAAAGGCGGACACGUACAUUGAGAAGAAGCGCGCGGCCACGGGCAUGUUGCGCUACUACCAUGACCAACAGGAGGUACACCGCCGUCAGCUACGCGACACGAUUCGCGACAUGAUGAUCAGCAAGAAAUUUUCGGCAGACGAGGUGGCUGGUGAGGAUGACGACGUCGUCGCGUAA